AGGAACCCCUCAAAGCGACGCCUCGAUGGCCCUUAUUUCGCCCCUUUUAAGCCCCUUUUAAGCCCCUUACGAGCGACUAGGGGCGAUCAGAGGCCAGGGAAAGGUACUAGGGACCGAGGGACGAAGAGAAGAAGAGGGAAAAUCCGAGGAAAGGGAGUCGAGGAGGACGUGAAGAAGAAGAAGAAGCAACAAAUAUGCUACUGUGUAAAAAUGUGUACAUACCAUAUGCUGUAUAUAUUGAGAUACUCAGCAAAAAGCUGUGUAGGUUGUAAGAGCACAAUAACUUGAACUUUGUUUAUUUGUGCAAGGAGAUGGGUUGUUGGUGCAAUGUAGAGAAGAGUAAGAGGAAGACACUGCAUUUGUGUUUACGUUACACUAUUCCUGAAAUGAGAGUUGUUGAGAAAGAAAGUAUGUGUUAAAGAGACGCUCGAUGCUAUAACACGUGAUGAUGGAGGCUAAGUGCCCAGUGAGAAACGGUGAUCUAGAGAGACAACUCCGUCUAAUCUUGCCGAAGCUUUAAAGAUGGAUUACAGCCGUUACAUCGUCCAGGUGUUUGUAGGGGCUCUGUCGCCACACUAUGAGGCCCUCUCCAUUGAGGUCAGCAAACAGACGACGGCACAGGAGAUCACUGUUUGCAUUGUGGAAAGGCUCGGCCUGUCCAACCCCCAGCAGUAUGAGUUAGCGGAGGUGAUUGGCAAUGCCCACGGCCAGGAGUGCAAGGAGCGGAGGCUAGGCCCUGUCGAGAACCCUGUGGCUCUGCAGAUGCUGUGGCCCCAGACGUCCAUCAUUGAGAAUCCAGAUGAUAAUGACCAACAUGAGUAUAGAUUUUGCCUUAGAGAGAAGAUCUCGUCGGAUUCCUUGUGGGCGGAGCCAUCACAGCUCGACUCACAGCUCAUUCGGGACUACUUCUACAAGUUUCUGUACCAGCCCAAAGAUAAGGAUUACCCAGAUCUAUGCCAGCUGCCCAACCUCACAGAGCAGACCUUGCUAGAGAACCUGCGGGCAAGGUUCCAGCGGGGUUACAUCUACACCUAUGUGGGUUCUAUCCUCAUCUCAGUCAACCCCUUCAAGUAUUACCCCAUUUACAAUCCCAAGUAUGUUAAGCUGUACCAGAACCAUCGGCUGGGUGAGCUGCCCCCGCACAUCUUCGCCAUUGCUGAUGCAGCCUACCACUCCAUGCUCAAGCAACGGCGAAACCAGUGCAUCGUCAUCAGCGGAGAGAGUGGCAGCGGAAAGACCGAGUCCACCCUCUUCCUCCUGCACCACUUGACUAUGCUCAGCCAGAAGGGGUCUCAUGGGAGCGGAGUUGAGCAGACCAUACUCAGUUCAGGGCCUGUUUUAGAGGCCUUUGGAAAUGCAAAAACUGCCCACAACAACAACUCCAGUCGAUUUGGUAAAUUUAUUCAGGUCACAUACAAAGAAAAUGGCCUUGUUCAGGGGGCUUGUGUGCAGAAGUACUUGCUGGAGAAGUCAAGGAUCUGCUCUCAGGCAUAUAAUGAGCGCAGUUACCAUGUGUUUUACUACCUUCUGGCGGGCGCGACUCCCCAGGAACGGCAUUCUCUCCACCUCCUCAAGCCCCCAGAUUAUCGCUACCUCAACCAGAGCAAAUGUUAUACAAUUGAGGGUUGUGAAGAGCAGUUUGAGUUUUUAAGGCUGAAGCAGUCAAUGGAAAUGGUCGGGUUCACUGCCGACAAGCAGCACAGACUUUUUGCUGUGUUAUCUGCGGUCCUUCUUCUAGGUAACAUAGAGUUCCAGCCAAAGAAAUCCACUUACCACCACGAUGAGUCAGUGCUGGUGAGGAACCCGGAGUUGGUGAGCACGAUCUCAAGUCUCCUUGGGGUGUCUGAAGAUACGCUCAUGAACGCGCUCACUUCCAAGAAAGCACGGGUCCAGGGAGAGGUUCUAGUCAUGCACUAUCGCCUGGCGGAAGCUAUGGCUGCACGGGAUGCCUUAGCAAAGUGUCUAUAUGGGGCAUUAUUUGACUGGAUUGUUCUGCAGGUGAAUUACUCUCUCAUAACACUCAAAGAAUCUGCAAGUGAAUAUGGAGGAAAUUCCAUCGGCGUCCUUGACAUUUUUGGGUUUGAAGAUUUUGGUCAUUGCAACAGGUUUGAGCAGUUCUGCAUAAAUUUUGCAAAUGAACAUCUCCAGCACUACUUCAACCAGCAUGUCUUCGAGUACGAGCAGGAGGAGUAUCGACGGGAAGGAAUUUCUUGGACCAACAUUGAGUUUCAGGACAAUGUAGACUGUCUGGCACUCAUUGAGGGGAAACCCUCUGGUCUUCUAUGUAUUUUGGAUGACCAGUGCAGCUUCCCUGCUGCAACCAAUGAAACAUUCCUACAAAAGAUCAAUACGGUCCACAAAGACAACAAGUAUUAUGAAAUUCCUCAGAAGAGGGAGUUAGCAUUUAUUAUUAAGCAUUAUGCUGGUAAAGUGAAAUAUCAGGUGAGUGAUUUUAGGGAGAAGAACUUGGACCUGAUGAGGCCAGAACUGAUUAGCGUGCUCAAAAACAGUCAGUAUAGCAUCGUGCGAGAAGUGGCAGGGGCUGAUCCAGUUGCCGUGUUCAGGUGGUCGAUCCUUAGGGCAUUCUUCCGCGCCGUCAGUGCAUUCCAUGGUGCGGCUAUCAAGUACACAAAGCGGAAAGGGCAUGAUGACCAAAGAAAGACACCGAAGCAGAAGAUUAACAUUGACAACUCAAGGAUACUCGCAGCCAUCGAAAACACUCAAAACCGCUUGCGCAAGACUCGUCACAGUCGUUCGCGAUCCAGAUCUCAUGGCCCAAGACAUCAGAAGAACCUGAAAACAGUCAAAGCUCUUGCCCAAAGAACGCAGAGUCUCACCUCACAGUGCGCCCUAAACCAGCAUACUUCCCCUUUAAACAAAUCGGUUAACAUUUGCAGCCGCUUGCGCAAGACUCGUCACAGUCGUUCGCGAUCCAGAUCUCAUGGCCCAAGACAUCAGAAGAACCUGAAAACAGUCAAAGCUCUUGCCCAAAGAACGCAGAGUCUCACCUCACAGGGUCGUCUUCCUGGAUCCCGCAAGCCUCCACAUACAGUAACAGGACAGUUCCAGCUAUCGUUACAAACACUCAUGGAGGCACUCAACACUGCAAAUCCCUUCUUCAUAAGAUGUAUAAAGAGCAAUGCAAAUAAGGAACCAAAUGUUUUUGGAGAUGAAAUGGUGACACGGCAACUGCGCUACACUGGGAUGCUGGAAACAGUCAGGAUUCGUCAGGCUGGCUUCAAUGUCCGGCUCUCCUACGAUGAGUUCAUUCAUCACUACCGAAUACUGCUGCCAAAGGGCUUGCUGAGUUCCCAGCUUGAUGUGCGAGCAUUCUUGCAAAACAUGCACUUGGAUGAAGGUGAAUAUCAGAUGGGGCACACGAAGAUCUUCAUGCGAGAAUCCCAGAAGCAGAAGCUUGACUCUCAGCUUCACCAGACCAUUCUGUCACGCAUUAUCGUGAUCCAGAGAUGGUACCGGACGAUCCACCAGCGGAGGCACUAUCUCACCUUCAGAGCGGCUGUGAUUAGAGUACAAGCACACGUUCGCUGUUGGAUAGCCCAACAAAUGUUGGCCAAGAUGCGGCUUAGGGAACAUGCGGCUACUUACAUCCAAAAAGUGUGGCGAGGAAGUAAGGUCCGCAGGUGGUACCAGAACUUCCGAAGGGCUCUCAUUGCAUUCCAGGCUUGUGUACGGGGAGAGCAAGCAAGGCAACGGUACCGCAUCCUCCGUGAGGAAUGGAGACGGCAAAAAGCAGAGGAAGGCCGGAGAAGACUGAAGGAGGAGGAGGAGUUGUCGGUGACCUCAGUUACAACAGUUGGAUCCAUUACCUCAGUCCCUGUCGUUGAAUCGUCAGAACCUGCUCAACCCCCUCCCCGAAGACGGUCAACGUCCGUGGUUCAGAAUGCACCAGUCCACAAACUACACAGAAGACAAAGUGAACAGCUAAUUAGUGAGCGUAGACUAUCAGAAAGCCAGCAGCCGUACAACCAGGAAAUGAGGAGACUAAGUGAGACAGCUGUUCCCCUGAGAAUAUCUUCCCAUGGAAGUACAGUGGUCCAGUGUGUAGAUCCUUUUGGUAUUAGAAAUGCACCAGUCCACAAACUACACAGAAGACAAAGUGAACAGCUAAUUAGUGAGCGUAGACUAUCAGAAAGCCAGCAGCCGUACAACCAGGAAAUGAGGAGACUAAGUGAGACAGCUGUUCCCCUGAGAAUAUCUUCCCAUGGAAGUACAGUGGUCCAGGUUCAAACUCGGCACAGUGAAGAUAGUCAAGGGGGACCAUCACCCCCUUCAUCACCAAGUAUUGCAGAUGGAGAGAAAGCAGUUGUGAAAGCCAAGUCCUUCCGACAUCGUCCUUAUUCCAAAGUUCCUCUGGCAAACCAGUCAGCUGUUACUCCGUCAGCAUCAUCAGAGAGUCUGAGCUCCAACCAGCUUGAGAGAAAAUCGAGCACGGGUGGCACAGAGGAGGACGGGAACAGACAUUCCCAGCUACAGCACCAGGACUCGCAUGGGGUCAUGAAGUUGUCAAGGCAGUUCAGAAAACCUUUCAAGAAGAUAAUGGGCAAAAGAGAGGGCAGUAUGAGUGAGAGUGAGGAUGCCAUGUCAUACGAGUCGCAACCACAGACGCCCACCAGCCCAGGUGACUACCAGCCCAGCUUCUCGGCAGAGAUUAGCUCCUCGGACGUAUCUGCCCCAGUUGUGAAGGGGAGGUGUGCCAGCAGUGGGAGUGGCCAGCAAGGAGCUUCCUCGUGGGAGCUGCGCGGGGAGGAGCCGAGGGCCAAAGAACCCCUCAAGCCUUCAUCCAGCCUGCCAGAUGUGGUGCAGGGAUUUUCCAGCAUGGAGCCAGGUGGAGUGCAGGGAGCAGCCUCCUUGCCGCUGGCUGUGGUUGGGGGGGAUACAGAUGCCCUGAAACGCAUCCUGGCAAGCAGUCCGCAUACGCUUAAGCAGUCCGCAUUGCUGAAGAAGGAAGUGUGCAUUGCAUGUGACAAACCCUUCACGGGCUUCUUCAUCAAUACAGGCUACAAGUGUUUAGGUUGUAAGAAGGUAUUCCACCCACGCUGCAUUGAGGCCUCCCUCACUAUCGGCUGCCAGGAAGUGUCAGGUGUUGGCAAGGAGAACGCUAGCCCGUCCAGCAAGAAGCCCAGGAGACUUGAGCAGGAGGACAACUGGAAUGUCACUCGAACAUCAGAGUUUAUUGACAAGUCAGAUGAGGUCAUUAAGGAUGCAGACGAGCUCAGAAGGCUUGAGGAGUUCAUCACACGAAAGUUGUACCAACUGGAAGAGAAGGAGAGUGAAAAGUCAGAUACACGCACACAGAGCUUGGAUCGCAGCUUCUCUCGUGAGGCACCCACACGCGACCUGGAAGUAAGUGUUCGGCUAAGGGACCGCAAGGACUCCCUUGUUGACCAGAUGUUCUGCCAGUCGUUGCGAGAGUUCAAGACCAACCUGGUAUCGACAUACAGCGUAGCCUUCCAGAAGGAAUCCAACUUAGCCCUCAAGUACAAGGAUCUUAUUAAGAACUUUGAACAGGUAAUGAACACCAUUUGUAAAGAAAAGAUGGGCAAUGAUACCUUCCCCGUCACGAUGGGUGUGAAUGCGUUCCGAGGUUUCCUAGAUGAGUUCAUCCGGGAGAAGAAGAAGCCCAUUGAGGAAAAGUCGUUUGUGAAGAAGAGAAAGAGGCACAGACGCAAAAAGAAGAAGGUGGUUAAAAAUGUGGAGGAGUUAGUAUAUGGGGCCCAUAUCUUCACCCACAUCAUGGUGAACAUUCCAACACAGUGUGAAGUGUGCAACUCCUUCCUCUGGCUCUCUAUGAAGGCCCUUACUUGCCAAAGAUGUAAAGUGACUUGCCACCAAAAGUGUUACAAAAAGGCUGAUGCCAAGUGUAGUCAUGAGGGCCCCAAACCUGUGGUGGUGGCAACUGGAACCCCGCCCACACGUAACCGGGUCUUCUCUGUUCCCCUGGAAAACCUGGUCAAACCGGGUGAGAAAAUACCAGGUGUGAUAGACCGUCUCAUCACGAGUAUUGAACUCUAUGGCCUCUACACGGAGGGGCUCUACAGGAAGUCGGGCGCAGCGACGAAGGUAAGAUCAGUGAAGGCACACAUUGAGCGUGAUGCAGACAAUGUUGACUUUACCGACACACCUGUCCACGUCCUGGCAACCAUUGUCAAGUCGUUCUUCCGAGACCUGCCUGAACCCUUGCUCACCUUCGACUGCUAUGAUCCACUGCUACAUGCCACUGAGCUGCAGGAUCCAGAUGACCAGCUCCAGACUAUUCUUAACAUUGUCAAGGGCCUACCCAAGCUCAACUUUGACUUGCUUGAGCGGCUGAUCUUCCACAUGGUUCGGGUGGCGCUGCAUGAGGAGCACAACCGGAUGAGCUGCAAUGCCCUGGCCAUCGUCUUUGCGCCGUGCAUUCUCCGUAGUCAACGCUCGCAGACAGUGCAGGAUUCCUUGAAUGACAUUGCGAAGCAGACUUCAGUUGUGGAGAUCAUUAUUGCAAGACAGCUUCAGCAGGUGAGGACGACCUUGCAGGACAUUGACAAUGUGGACUCGGCAGUGGUCUCAGCAAGCAAUUGCCUUGACUUCAUACGCUAUUCGAAGCACCUGACCCAGAGGAGUGGGCCAGGUGCCAGUGAGGCCUCCAGCCUGCCGCGUACUGCCUCAGCAGCCCUACGCACAGGGAUGUCCUAUGAGGCCAGUGAGAAUGACCUCAAGGAGAAGCUGGCUGACCUGCAGGGCACCCGAGAGCGACUGGAGCUGCAGCUGCCGGCUCUGGUGCGCGUUAGCUCCGAGGAGGAUCUGCUCUCCACUGACAUGUCACGUGCUGGCUCCCUAGAGGACAUCCCCGGUACUCCUGCUACUCCUGCCACCCCUGCUACGGCUGUCAGGGGGUCUAGGGACACUGGCUUCUGUGAGGAGUAUGAUGCGCUGUCUGUCACAGAGAACUCACACCGACUAAGGAGGAAGGCAGAAAUGUCUGACGAGGACCAGAGCGUCACGUCAAGACUCCACCAUGACUAUAGUGACGAUGCUGUGAUGGUAUAGAUGGAAACCAUGUGUGAUCAAAAGACUCCUUUAUAGUUGUAGAUUGUAAGUGUAAUGCAGAAAAGGGGGAAUCUAUAGUGUUCCAUUUGUUCCAAAAGUGAUUUACAUAAGGUUAACAAGUUGGGAAACUCGCAAAGGUAUGUGUGUGCUUAAAGACAGUUAAGGUACACACAUAUGCACACAUACACUUGCAUAAAAACACACAGAAAAAAUGUGUUUGUCUGCAGGAUAUUAUUCAUUGUUCAGUUACUGGAACAAUCUUCAGAAAAUAAAUAUUUAUACAUAUAUAAAUACAGUAUUCCUACGAAAGAGAAGAAAAUGAAAAUGGUAAAAGGAAAAAUACAGCUGUGUACAAUUUGCUUUUUUUCUCAUGGUCUGAUGUGCUGUUUUUUGUACUGUUUUGGUUUCUGAGGCAUGUUUGAGAAUCAGCCAAUAUCUCUCUUUUUGAAAGUACAGUGUUACUCUAAAUGCUUUUGUUAUGUUAAAUAAUUGUAAUAAUAAUAAUGAUAGGUUCAUUUUCAUCUUUUUUCAUACAGUAGUGUGUACAAGAAAUGCUUUUGAAAGAUUUUUUUUUUUUUCUACUCUUCUCCAAACUUGUAAUAAUAUUCUCUUUGUAAACUGCAUUGUAAAUAUGUUUGUUUUUUA